AUGGCUGAACCUCCAGCGAAACGUGCUCGACGGGUCGAUAGCUCGACAAUGUGGGAUAUGAAUGACCGGAAAACGCGCUCCCCAGAACCGGAACUCGGAGUGACCAGAAGUCCUCGGCGGGACCGGGAUGAUGUCCGUCGCGACGAUCGGCGAUAUCGCUCGCGUUCCAGAGAUCGCAGAGACAAACGGCGGGAUCGUUCCAGGUCCAGAGACCGCCGCGGCCAUGACCGCGACCGGGGGAAUAGAGACAGGGACGGCAGGGGAAUGAGGGACAGAGAGAGGAGCCCUAGUCGGGAAAGAUACCAUGAGAGGCGAGGGAACCCUCCGCCCAAAGCAGGGAGAUACCGCGAUCGUUCCCGAUCGCCAAUCCGCAACGGGAACAGAGAUGCAUCGAGGACACCGCCGCCGAGAGGCCCACGAGGGGACCGUCGAGGGGAUCGCAGGGAUAAUCGGACACAGAAACAAGAGGUGUUAGACUCGAAGCCCGACAUUCGAUCGAGGGAUUCGAUGGAUAUGGAUGUCGAUGAUACUGGGGAAGACGACAUCGAUGCGAUGAUGCGCCGCAGCAUGGGUUUUACGAGAUUCCGGACCACCAAGAACACCAAAGUUCCUGGGAAUGAUGUCUACGGAGUGCGGAAGGAGAAGAAGACGGAGUACAGACAGUACAUGAACCGUGUCGGAGGUUUCAACCGGCCGCUCAGAUCCCGGCUCGCGCUGUACCGCACAAUGUCGACUAGUAACGAGCGCCGCGAAAUCGUGAUCAUCGGUGGCGGUAUCAUCGGCUGCUGCUCAGCGUAUUACCUGACCAGACACCCGUCUUUCGACCCCUCUCGCCACUCCGUGACUCUCCUCGAAGCGAGCGAGAUCGCAGGCGGGGCGAGCGGCAAGGCGGGCGGUCUGCUGGCACAAUGGGCGUACCCCAGUAGCAUUGUGCCAUUGAGCUACAAAUUGCACACCGAACUCGCGCAAGAACACAAUGGACAAGAUCGGUGGGGCUACAGGGAGGUGAACUGCGGCCAGCUAGUGGCACGGGGGCGGCCGCUCAGUCAACAGAACAAGAAGGGCGGGGAAGAGCACAAGUCCCUCGAAAAGCGAAGCGCGGCGGCAUUGGGCAAACUGAAAUCUGCCAAAGUCCCUGCUGACUUGGACUGGAUUGAGCCUGAGCUGUUAAGAGGCUACGAGAGUAUGAGUGGUCCCGGGGAGACCGCCCAGGUCCAUCCUUAUCUCUUUACGACGUCGAUGGCGAAAUUGGCUGAGGAGAAGGGUGCGAAGAUCACGCUCGGGUCGGUUACAAAUAUCUCUUACGACGGAGAUGCCGUCCAGUCGGUCACGUACUCAGACAAGCAGUCGGGCGAGUCGCAAACCAUCCCGGCGACAGAUGUUGUUAUCUCAGCUGGGCCGUGGACUAGGUCCGUCAUGCCGGAAGCUCCCAUCACGGCGAUGCGCGCGCACAGUGUCGUCAUCCGACCUACGCGACCUGUCAGCGCGUACACGCUUUUCACUAACAUUGAAAUCCCCGCCAAUUUCGACCCGUCGAAGCCCUCGCGUCCGACGGUCGCUGCGCCGGAGAUCUACGCGCGCCCUGACGCUACGGUCUAUGCCUGUGGUGACGGUGAUCAGACCGUCCCGCUCCCGGCUACCUCAGCCGAUGUCGAGGUAGACCUUGAGAGAUGUCAGGAUAUCGUCAACGAGGUUGGGAGUGUGUCUGACGAGCUGCGCGAUGGAGAGAUUUGCGCGCGCCAGGCUUGCUACCUGCCCAAUAUCCGAGGAGGCCCGUUGAUCGGUCACGCUGGAGCCAAGGGCUUGUACCUUGCUGCUGGACACACAUGCUGGGGCAUCCAGAAUGCCCCUGGCACUGGAAAGGUGAUCAGCGAGUUUGUAUUUGAUGGGGCCGCGAAGAGUGCAAAGAUUGGCGCUCUUGAUCCGCGGAAAUUCAUAUAG